AUGCCCACUGUUACGUCUCUACACCAGUACACCUUCUCCAACUGGGGACCGUUGACGACUGCCUUCACGCCGCCCGCAUCGUGCACAGGAUACGUGGGACUCGCUCGCACGCAGCAUCCUGCGUCCAUCCAAUGGCUCACCAAUUGCGCGUCUCUCGACACUAAACAAUGUACGCCCUCGUCGACAAUCGCGAGCUCGCCAACCGGCUCUUCGGUCGCCUGGGAUAAUCCGCUGUAUGGGUUCCAGGUGCCAUACUACUCGCCGGGAGUCUACUGUCCCUCGGGAUGGGCCACAGUCGGCGUGGCCGGACGCGACGGCGACAGCAAGCCGAGUCUUUCUGGCAUCUUUACCGGUGGUGCGAACCGGCCGACCGUGGCGAACCAGCCCAUCUUUCACCGACCGUCGGACGUCUUGGUGCAGCUGCUCGACCCCAGCGAAACGGCCGUUGUGUGUUGUCCCAGCUCAAUGACCCUCUCCACCGACGGCGGCUGCCACUCCACUCUGCCGGCGCAUAGCGUCACGUCGGGUUGUCAACGGUUGUUCCCCAUGGAAGUCUUGACCGAAGUCAACGCCACCUUCACGCAGGGUGACUUCACCGUGACGGGCCUGGCAUGGUCGAUCAAUGCGACCUCGCCGAUCACCUCGACGGCGCAAACGACGAUCGCGACCGGCGACAGUUCGUUGUAUGUGGGGGUCAGCGUGGUGGCUCCGCUCACGUUAGUGCACCAGCCCACGGAUACAAAGACCGGCGGCGCGGAAACAGAGCCGACGGAGUCAUCUUCGAACGGGGCGCCGGGAUCGAGACCCGAGAUGAGUAGUCGGGGAGGACUCGGCGGGUUGCUGGGGGUUUGGAUGGCGGCGAUGGUUGCGGGCGCGGCGAUGGUGCUGCUAUAG